AUGUCCUCUUCCACUGCCGCCCCUGACAAGGAGACAUUGAAGCUCCUCCUCCCACUCCAAUAUGAUGGGAAGUCUGUGGUCGAAUGCAACUGCUUCAUCUCGCAGUUGCUCAUCUACUGGAUGAUCAACAUGGCCCUCUCUUCCCUCGAGCUGAAGAUUCAGGUUGCCCUCAGUCUUCUCAAUGGUGAUGCACGAGCUUGGGCCACCCCCAUCUUCUCCCAGCUUGCCUCCGUUGAUAGGCGCCAAGCCCCUCUGGGCCCCGAUACACCUCUUUUCGGCAGUCGCAUCCCGCCUGGCACUUCGACUCAGUCUCCCAACACUUCGAUUUCGCCUUCGACGCUCUUCGACAUCUUCGACGGUCGUAUCACCGUCCAAAUCGGGAUCCAGGGAGCAACGACCCCCUUCGCCGACGAAGCAGCCUUCCUUAAGGCAUUCAAGGCCCGUUUUGGCAAUCUCGACGACGCUGCCGUGGCACAGGUGGAGCUCACCCAGCUCUGUGCCGACAAAACCAUGCGUGAGAAGUGCACCACCGCAGAAUUCUCUGCGCUGUUCAAGGGUCCGGUGGACCGUUCCGGGUAUGGGAACCUGGAACUACGCGACAAGUACCUGAGCGGCAUCCCCUCCCACGUCUAUCACAAGAUCGAGCUCGAAACCUUCACCACGUGGCAAGCCACUGACAAGCGCACCACUGAGGUCGAGCAAAUCCUCGACGUCAGCCAGGCCCGUCAGCCCGAGCUGAACAACUUCUUCUUGGCUUGA